CCACCAUACUAUUGCAUGGUAUUCUCGCGAUGUUGCCGUAACGGUGAGAUAAAAAAAUGACGAUGCUAAUGCUGUGUUAGCAUUGUGCAUUGUCGCUUUUCCACAACUAAAUGGAAAAGACAGCACUCCACUCCGAUUGAGGAGUGUUUUCUGAUAUCCAGAGACUCGGAGUACAUCUUGCAUCUGGAUGGAUUCAGAGAUGUAGCCAAAAGUGAAGUGUCUCUUAUGAGCUUUAUGACCUCCCUCGACCAGACACAUCUGGCAAGUCUUAACUCCUCCUAGGUGGCAUCUACUCAGGACACCAGUUGUUUUUCAACAGUACAUAUCUAACUGAACAUCCAGAUUUCUCCACCAUGCUGUUCUCUUUACGCGAACUUGUUCAGUGGCUAGGCUUUGCCACUUUUGAACUCUUUCUUCACUUACUGGCGUUGCUGGUUUUCAGCAUGCUGGUUGCCCUUCGUGCUGACAUGUUCACCCCCACGUUAAGCUGGUGGCUGGUGUUUGUCCCCUUGUUUGCCGCUGACGGUCUCAGCACCUACUUCACAGCUAUAGUAUCCAUCCGGCUUUACCAGGAGAAUGAGAAGCGCCUGGCAGUGCUGCGGCUGCUUUGGGUGCUAACGGUGCUCAGUCUGAAGCUGGUGUGUGAGGUGCUGCUGUGCCAAAAGUUGGCGGAGCAAGAACAAGCCAGAGACCUUUGGUUUGGCCUCAUCGUCUCACCACUCUUCAUCCUUCUGCAGCUGCUGAUGAUACGAGCAUGCCGAGUGAACUGAGGAGGUGGUUGGAUGUUAAACAUUGCAGGAAGCGGUUUUCAUCUGCUGUCAAGAAGUUUAAAGCACAACAAGGGUCUGUGCUUCAGUUUGGCUUUAUGGCACCACCUUGUUUGUUGUGAACAUGGAUCAAAGCCGUAUGUUCCACGUGUUGCACACAUUUAAUUUGUGUCUGUGUUUCUAAUUCAACCAAACUGAACAAAAACUGUCACUGUGUUUGGUUGUUUAGAUAUACAGUGCUUCAAAAUGUCCGCUGUAUUAUGGAGAAAGUCCUACCUUUGUGUCAAUGUAUUUUGGGAAUUUUUUUUUUACGUGUCCAUUCCAGCAACUUUUGACCUUGAAGUUAGUCCUAGUCACAUGAUUUUAUGCUAAACAUUUGAUUUGCUCCUGACAAUAAAAUGAAGUCAACGAUAUAACAGCUUUGAGAGCAGUCAACAGACUGAGUUUUCACACAUUUGUGUGUUGUUGAGGGUGCAUGGUGUGAGAUAUUGGGUGAAUAUGGGACAUAAUAGUGCCUCUUAUUUGUGCAAUAGGUGAUAGACAACCUUUGAAGAAAAAAAGAAAUGAACACAAUGCAGUGAGGUACCGUGGGAUAAGAAACACGGCACAAGCAGUUGCACCAGUAAUGUUUUCUUCUUGGGUUGGAAAAAUUAAGUUUAAGUGAGUCACUUUUUAUUUUGCCUGCUGCCCACACAUGUGCACAUAGAUGACACGCAUGUUGGCAAAUGGCAGCGGUGUCUAAAAUUGGCCAUUGUGUGGAAAGUACAUGGCUGUAUGUGUCGAUUUAGCUCAGACUUUGACAAGAUAUUUAUGAUUUGUUAUUACUGCAACUUAAGAUGUAUAUAAAAUGUAAAUAAACCAAUAUUUAAUCUUG